AUGGAAAACCUAAUAGUACUUUUUUGUGUUGGAACGGCCACUGGAAAUCAUUUCACAUUUAAUGCUCCCAGUGAAAUAAGUAAUGCUAAUAACUGGGAGCAUGAAGAAAUUCCGUGCAUUGGAGAUCAAAUUCGGUUCGACGACACAAUGCCAGUAGUAGCUUUUUUGGAUCACAAUGUGAAUGUGGAAUCGAUAGUUCUACCAAAAAAUGGAUUACUAGUUUUUACUGACAAUGGUGUCGAUUUGGGCGGAACUGCUAAUUGGCAAUGUGCCAAAAACGAUUUGGAAAAGCCAAAAGAGGUGUUCUUCUCCCGAUAUGGUGACCAUGCCACCUCUUUUUACAACCCAGAAAAUUGGGUUCCCGAUGAGAAUCUAUUCCUGCACAUGAAUCAAGUACCAGCAGAGUUUGACUCCGUGACAAUUUCCUCAAUGUCAAGUGCUCAACUGUACUUGGAUCUCCCGGUCAAAGUAAAUUCAUUCCGAUUCUACGAGAGAGAGAGAAUGACCACUGAUGAUUUCAACCUGUUACUCAGAAGUAUAGAGGGACAGUUUCAAAUUAAUUUGGCACCGUCUUGGGCGAAAGAGAGUGAUCAAGGCGGCGUACAGAGAAUGUUGGCUGACGAUGCGAUUACCGUCACAAAUGUGAGAUUUGAGGAAGACCCCCAUGGAAGAGUUAAUUCAAAUUCCAAUAAUAAGACCUUAUCAACUAUUUGUGAGUAUAUCACAUGUCAAGGGAUCGAGCAGCUUUGCAUCGACUCAUUUGUACCUUUUGGGCAUUGUUGUCCGAUAUGCGGCACACGUAUUUGGCUGGCAGCAAUGGAUUUGGAGAUUCAAAAAGCGAAAGCUGUCGUGUUUGAAGUCCUUAUUGAAUUGGAGACAGAAUCGAAAGUUUUUGCAACUGUUGAAAGAACGGCGAUAGGGGAAAUGCAGUCGGAAUAUGAGAUAGUUCUAUGUUCAUCUCAUAAUGUGCCGUUUGAUGAAGACUUUCAUAAAACCGCGUCCUCUCGAAUUCUGGAAAGACUGACAGUUACGAAGAAAACGAACCGCCUCCAGACAGUGUUCAAAGCCACUAUAUUUUCCUCGAAAAUUGACAGAACUAUUCAAACUUUGUCCAAAGUGGUGGCUUGCUUAAUUUAUUUUUCAAUUUUGGCAGCUUUAGUAGGAAUGUACGCAUAUCAAAAUGUGGAGUUGAGGGUCUCUAGACAAAAUCCCUUCACUCCAAUAGUCAAAUAUCGAAGACAGGCUGAUGACGUGGCAAUUGAAAUGGAAGAAGCUAUGGAAGAUAUUCAAUCAGAUUCGACCUUGGAAGGAGACACCCAAAUGUUGAUUUCUAGUGUUGAAACCCCAGAAAUUGCCAAUUCAGAAGACAUUGAGGAUUUGCGUAAUGUUAAUCCAAAUUUUGAACUGGAUCACAUUGAAGAGGAUGGUGGCAUUGUGGCUGGAGAAGAAUAUGAAAUGACAGCGACGGAAAAGUUUGACCAAUGCGAAGUGUUAGUCGAUAAAACAUCCAUUGCAAAUUUGAUUUCUGUGGAGAGACCUGAAAACAAAUUAGUGCCAAAAAUUCUGAAGUUCUGAUCACUGACGUAGAAGACAACACAAAUCCAAAUUUCGAAGAAAGAUCAGAUGAGGAAAACAACACAUCUGAUGACUCUGCAGAAAAAUUAUUAGCCGAUGUUCCAAAUCUUGUGGAGUUUUAGUGAAUUUACUUGGUGAUUGAUUUGAAUAAAUGGGUGAAAUGUUU